CCCAGAAGGAGGAGUACUUCAGGAGGAGAUUCAGUAAUGAAGAGCUGUCCAGCAGAAUCAUCUCACACAUCAAGAUGUCCAGCAGCCUCCACAUUAUGUGUCACAUCCCAGUCUUCUGCUGGAUCAUUGCUUCAGUUCUGGAGCCCAUGUUGAUUACAGACCAGAGAGGAGAGCUGCCCAAGACCCUGACUGACAUGUACUCACACUUCCUGCUGGUUCAGACAAAGAGGAAGAAGCACAAGUAUGAGGAGGGACAUGAGACAAGUCCACAGGAGCUGACGGAGGCUGACAGGGAAGUUCUUCUGAAGCUGGGGAGGCUGGCGUUUGAACAACUGGAGAAAGGAAACAUCAUGUUCCACCCAGAAGACCUGGAGCAGUGUGGUCUUGAUAUCACAGAGGCCUCGGUGUACUCAGGAUUUUGUACAGAGAUCCUUAAAAGAGAGCAUGUGAUCUUCCAGAAAUCCAUCUACUGCUUUGUUCAUCUGAGCAUUCAGGAGUUUCUUGCUGCAGUGUAUAUUUUUCAUUGUCAAGCAAACAAGGAUAGCGAGACACUGGAGACAUUCCUUGGAAAGGACUGGGGGAGGUAUCGUAGCUGUGACCCAUCCCUGGAUAUGUUCCUGAGGAAAGCCAUGGAUGAAUCACUACAGAGCAAAAAUGGCCACCUGGAUUUAUUUGUCCGCUUCCUUCAUGGCCUUUCACUUGAGUCAAAUCAGAGACUCUUAGGAGGCCUGCUGAAUGACACAGAAAAGAGUCCAGAAGACAUCCAGAGAGCCAUCCACAACCUGAAGGAGAUGAGCACUUAUACCAUCUCUCCUGACAGAAGCAUCAACAUCUUCCCCUGUCUAAUGGAAAUAAAUGACCGCUCAGUACAUCAGGAGAUCCAAAAGUACCUGAAGUCAGAGAACACAUCAGAGACAAAACUCUCUGAGAUCCACUGCUCAGCUCUGGCCUACAUGCUGCAGAUGUCAGAGAAGGUCCUGGAUGUACUGGACAUGAAGGCACACAGGACAUCAGAGGAGGGUCGACUUAGACUUAUCCCAGCAGUCAGGAACUACAGACAGGCUCGACUGAGUUUUUGCGGCCUGUCAGAGAGCAGCUGCUACUUUUUGGCCUCAGCUCUGAAGUCCAACCCCUCCCAUUUGAGAGAGCUGGAUCAGAGUGACAACAAACUGUAGAAAUCAGGCAUGAAGCUGCUGUCUGCUGGUCUACAGACUCUCAGGGUGAAAUAAUCCGGCAUUUCAAGAUGUGAGCAAUGAGACAGAUCCCGACUGUCAAGCUGACAUAUGACAGACUCUGCAGGCUCAUCUGUGAAAUGUUCACCUUACAGAGCAACUAUAAUAUCUGUUUUACUGACCUCCAGUGGUUGUAGUUGUAUCCAUAGUGCAGUGAUUAGAAGUUUACACUCCCAGCAUACGUACACUAACUGAGCCCUUUUAUGAACACCUGUGCAAUCUAAUGCAACAGUUCUGCCAUAAAUUCUAUUUUUAUUUUUAUUUUA